AUGUUGUUUAAUACUGCAUACGCCACACUGCACCAGUCUAGAAUGCGAGUAGAUACAACAAUUGAAAAGACAAACCCCCCACUCUCACUUACUCACUUCUCCGGCUAUGCAUAACUCCGGCGGCGGCGGAAGCGACGGCGUGUGCCACGUGGUGGCGAUGCCGUUUCCGGGGAGAGGCCACAUCAACCCGAUGAUGAACCUGUGCAAGAUCCUUGCAUCGAAGAGACCCAACGAGAUUCUCAUAACCUUCGUGGUCACCGAGGAGUGGCUUGGCUUCAUCGGCGCCGAGCCCAAGCCGGACGCCGUUCGCCUCGCCGCCAUCCCCAACGUGGUCCCUCCCGAGCGCCUCAAAGCCGCUAACUUUCCCGCGUUCUAUGAAGCCGUCGUGACAGAGAUGCAGGCGCCGUUCGAGCGGCUCCUCGAUCGGCUCCAGCCACCGCCGACAGCGAUCCUUGGCUGCGUCGAGCUCCGCUGGCCCAUCGCCGUAGCCAAUCGGAGGAAUAUUCCGGUGGCUGCGUUUUGGACCAUGUCGGCGUCGUUUUAUUCCAUGCUGCAUCACCUUGAUGUCUUUGCACGACACCGGGGUUUGACCGUCGAUAAGGAUACGAUGGAUGGACAAGCCGAGAACAUCCCGGGAAUUUCUUCAGCUCAUUUGGCAGACCUUCGAACUGUGCUUCAUGAAAAUGAUCAACGAGUCAUGCAGCUUGCUUUGGAAUGUAUUUCGAAAGUUCCCAGAGCAAAUUAUCUUUUACUCACCACAGUCCAAGAGUUAGAAGCUGAAACAAUUGAGUCCUUAAAAGCUAUAUUUCCCUUUCCAGUCUAUCCUAUUGGCCCUGCUAUACCUUAUUUAGAACUAGGACAAAACCCUUUGAACAAUGAUCAUAGUCAUGACUAUAUAAAAUGGCUAGAUUCUCAGCCACCUGAAUCAGUAUUGUACAUUUCUUUCGGUAGUUUCCUUUCAGUGUCUACUACCCAAAUGGAUCAAAUUGUUGAAGCACUAAACAGUAGUGAAGUUCGUUAUCUUUGGGUGGCUCGAGCCAAUGCUUCUUUUUUGAAAGAAAAGUGUGGAGAUAAGGGCAUGGUGGUGCCAUGGUGUGACCAAUUGAAGGUGUUGUCUCAUUCUUCCGUUGGUGGAUUUUGGAGCCAUUGUGGAUGGAAUUCCACUCUUGAAGCUCUCUUUGCUGGGGUGCCAAUGCUGACAUUCCCUCUUUUCUUGGAUCAAGUUCCAAAUAGCAGCCAAAUUGUGGAUGAGUGGAAGAAUGGGUCUAAGGUAGAGACAUCAAAGUUGGACAGUGAAGUUAUUGUGGCAAAAGAAAAGAUAGAAGAACUAGUUAAGAGGUUUAUGGAUCUUCAAAGCCAAGAGGGAAAGGAGAUCAGAGACAGGGCAAGAGAAAUCAAGGUUAUGUGUCUCAGAGCGAUUGCCGCAGGGGGAUCCUCAUAUGGGAACCUUGAUGCAUUUAUUAGAGACAUUUCAAAACCACUGACUCAUUAAGCAGCUUGGGAUCAAUAACACAACUAAGCAAUGUAUUAAUAAAGGGUUGGAUAUUGUUGUUGAAUGUAAGGAUGCAUAUAACAUUGUAAAAUGUCUCGUAACUGAAACUGAAGUGCUCUCUGAUUCUGAUAGCUGAAUUUGUCCUCUUAGAUUCAGCAAUUUGAGACGCUUGCUGCACAUUUUGUGUAAUAACUUAUCAAUGCUAAAGAGUGGAGUUUACUGCAGACAUCAA